UCUGCGUCUGCCGGGGAACAUGAGUGCCUGGCAGGACUUACUGUGCCGCCGCAGCCUGCUGACCCGGUACCCGGGCUGGCACAACCUGACCCUGGGCAGCAAUGCCACCUGGAACCUGACAGCUGCCCUCAACCUCUCCUGUGACAACCCGGGCAACAGAAGAGCGCAGAGCCCAGUAGAUCUGAACUGGGUGCGGAUCCUGCUGUACUGUGUCAUCUUCCUCCUCAGCGUCUUCGGGAAUACUCUCAUCAUCAUCGUUCUGGUGAUGAACAAGCGUCUGCGCACCAUCACCAACUGCUUCCUGCUGUCCCUGGCCGUCAGCGACAUCAUGGUGUCCCUGCUCUGCAUGCCCUUCACCCUCAUCCCCAACCUCCUGGGGAACUUCAUCUUCGGGGAGGUCAUCUGUAAGACCGCCGCGUACUUCAUGGGUAUCUCCGUCAGCGUCUCCACCUUCAACCUGGUGGCCAUUGCCAUCGAACGCUACAGCGCUAUUUGCAAUCCCUUGAAGUCCCGUGUCUGGCAGACCCGAUCCCACGCCUACAAGGUCAUCGCUGCCACCUGGAUCCUAUCCAUCGUAAUAAUGAUCCCGUACCUUGUGUACAACAAGCUGGUGAGCUUCACCAUGGCCGGGAACCAAGAGGGCUACCAGUGCCGCCUGAAGUGGCCCAAUGACCAGGUGCAGCAGGCAUGGUACGUCAUCCUGCUUACUGUGCUCUUCUUCAUUCCCGGAGUGGUGAUGAUUGUGGCGUACGGACUCAUCUCGCAUGAGCUCUACAGAGGAAUUCAGUUUGAGAUGGACUUAAACAAAGAGGCCAAAGCCAUUAAGAAUGGCGUCAGUGUCGCCAUAUCAACAUCUGCCACCAACUGUGAUGAGAGCGAUGGCUGCUACAUCCAAGUUAACAAACAACGUAACACUAUGGAGAUGUCCACCCUGACUCCAGGCGCCUGCACCAAGAUGGACCGCGCCCGCAUCAACAAUUCCGAAGCCAAGCUCAUAGCCAAGAAGCGCGUCAUCCGCAUGCUGAUUGUCAUUGUGGCCAUGUUUUUCAUCUGUUGGAUGCCAGUUUAUGUUGCCAACACCUGGAAGGCCUUUGAUGAGAAGUCCGCCUAUAACAUGCUCUCCGGAGCCCCCAUUUCCUUCAUCCACUUGUUGUCUUACACGUCCGCUUGUGUCAACCCAAUCAUCUACUGCUUCAUGAACAAGCGCUUUCGUAAGGCAUUUCUGGCCACAUUUGCUGGUUGUAUCAAGCCUUGCCGGCGUUUUCGUGAACCCGAGGAGGAUAUAGGGGCCACGGGGGCUUCUUUUUCCAAGUUCAGCUACACCACUGUCAGCAGCUUGGGGCCUCCAUGAGCGCUGCCUCUAACAUGGAAGGAUUGUGAGCCCCAUCUCGGGACCAGCACUCCAAUAUAGACCACUCCACGCAUCCUCCCAAAAGAGCAGGACGUGCUCCUCCAUGGAUCUAUGGCACGGAAUGCAGCCCUGAUGGACCACACGACUGGUUCCUCCUGUUCCUCUGGUGCUGUCCUGUUGUGUGAUCACAGGAACCAGUAUUAAAGACGCAUGAGUGUGGGUCCGAGCACCCGAAAGACACGAUUGUUGAUGUUGUACCUCUGUAUGUUGUAAUAUCGUGCAAUAUAUGAAGUGUUGGGUGCAGCUGGACAUUGGCGCCUCGUGUUACAGGAAUCGGGAAUGAUACCACUGAUUUGUGAGGAGGCACCUAUGAGCGUAUGGAUGUUACCAUAGGGUUAAUCUGUCUGAUCAGAGCUAGGAAUUCUGGGAAUAUUAGAAGUCAGUGACA